UGAGUUCGUUUUCCCUGCUAUCUGGGAUCGCUCUAUUGGAGGUGAAGGACCGCCUGUCCCCUCUCUGCCUUUGCUGUCAAUGGCUUUCGGGACGUAUUUUAUUUGAAUGUCUGGGCGAUAUAAGUGACCAAUAAUGGAUAUUCUAUGGAUAUUAUGGACCAUACCGGCCGUAAUAGCUGUUGAAGAGACACUUAUGGACUCCACUACAGCCACAGCGGAGCUCGGCUGGACGGUCUACCCCGUGUCAGGGUCGAGUGACAAUAGCUGGGAGGAAGUGAGUGGUUAUGAUGAAAACAUGAACACCAUCCGGACGUACCAGGUCUGCAAUGUUUUCGACAACAAUCAGAACAAUUGGGUACGGACAAAGUACAUCCGGCGUCGUGGUGCUCAGCGGAUCCAUGUGGAGAUGAAGUUCUCGGUGAGGGACUGCAGUAGCAUUCCCAAUGUGCCGGGUUCCUGUAAAGAGACUUUUAACCUCUAUUACUAUGAAUCUGAUGCCGACACAGCCACCAGAACCUCACCAGCUUGGAUGGAGAACCCCUGGAUCAAAGUUGACACCAUUGCAGCAGACGAGAGCUUCUCCCAGGUGGACCUAGGGGGCAGAGUGAUGAAGAUCAACACUGAGGUUCGGAGCUUCGGCCCUGUGUCACGAAAUGGCUUCUACCUGGCCUUCCAGGACUACGGCGGCUGUAUGUCGCUCAUCGCUGUUCGUGUCUUUUACCGAAAGUGCCCUCGAAUCAUCACUAACGGGGCGUUGUUCCAGGAGACACUCUCAGGAGCAGAGAGCACCUCCCUGGUGGCUGCAAGAGGUGUUUGCAUCCCUAACGCAGAGGAGGUGGACGUGCCCAUUAAGCUGUACUGCAAUGGAGAUGGAGAAUGGAUGGUACCCAUCGGACGCUGUAUGUGCAAGGCUGGGAACGAGGCUGUGGAGAAUGGGACUGUUUGUCGAGCCUGUCCGUCUGGCUUUUUCAAACCGACUCAAGGAGAUGAACCCUGUAUGCAGUGUCCCAUCAACAGCCGUACCACCAGUGAAGGCGCCAUUAACUGCGUUUGCCGCAACGGAUACUAUCGCACCGACUCAGAUCCUCUCCAGAUGCCGUGCACAACCGUCCCUUCAGCUCCACAGACUGUAAUCUCCAGCGUGAAUGAAACCUCUGUGAUGCUGGAGUGGAUGCCUCCCCGGGAUUCUGGGGGCCGUGAGGAUGUAGUCUUCAACAUCAUCUGCAAGAGCUGUGGCGGAGGUCGGGGAGGCUGUACCCGCUGUGGGGACAACGUUCAGUUUUUGCCCCGUCAGCUGGGCCUGACAGAAUCCCGGGUCUACAUUAGUGACCUGUUGGCCCACACGCAGUACACGUUUGAGGUGCAGGCUGUCAACGGAGUGUCAGAUCAGAGCCCCUACUCCCCUCAGUACGCCUCAGUCAACAUUACCACUAACCAGGCUGCUCCAUCUACAGUAUCUAUAAUGCACCAGGUCAGUCGUACUGUGGACAGCAUCACCCUAUCCUGGUCCCAGCCUGACCAGCCUAAUGGAGUCAUCCUGGACUAUGAGCUACAGUAUUAUGAAAAGGACCAAUCAGAAUAUAACUCUACUGCCGUCAGGAGCCAGACCAACACAGUGGUCAUCCGUGGCCUCAAGUCAGGAAGCAUCUACGUGUUCCAGGUCCGGGCCCGCACCGUAGCUGGGUUUGGACGCUACAGUGGCAAACUGUACUUCCAGACCAUGACUGAGGAGGAAUACAACACCAGUAUUCAGGAGAAGCUACCUCUCAUCAUUGGCUCGGCAGCCGCUGGCUUGGUCUUCCUCAUCGCUGUGGUCGUCAUCAUCAUUGUCUGUAACCGGAGGCGUGGCUUUGACAGGGCUGAUUCAGAAUACACAGACAAACUGCAGCACUACACCAGCGGCCACAUGACUCCAGGAAUGAAGAUUUAUAUUGAUCCGUUCACAUAUGAGGACCCCAACGAGGCUGUGAGGGAGUUUGCCAAGGAGAUUGAUAUAUCCUGUGUGAAGAUUGAACAGGUCAUUGGUGCAGGAGAGUUUGGAGAGGUGUGCAGUGGUAACCUAAAGCUCCCAGGUAAAAGGGAGAUGUUUGUGGCCAUAAAAACUCUGAAGUCUGGCUAUACAGAAAAGCAAAGGCGGGACUUCCUCAGUGAGGCCAGCAUCAUGGGCCAGUUUGACCAUCCUAACGUCAUUCACCUGGAGGGCGUGGUCACCAAGAGCAGUCCUGUCAUGAUCAUCACUGAGUUCAUGGAGAAUGGAUCUCUGGACUCCUUCCUCAGACAAAACGAUGGGCAGUUUACGGUGAUCCAGCUCGUUGGUAUGCUACGUGGCAUCGCGUCAGGCAUGAAAUACCUUGCCGACAUGAACUAUGUGCAUCGCGACCUCGCUGCCCGAAACAUCCUGGUCAACAGCAACCUUGUGUGCAAGGUGUCGGACUUCGGUCUCUCGCGUUUCCUGGAGGAUGAUACAUCAGACCCCACCUACACUAGUGCUCUGGGAGGGAAGAUUCCUAUCCGAUGGACUGCACCCGAAGCUAUCCAGUACAGGAAGUUCACUUCUGCUAGUGAUGUGUGGAGCUACGGGAUCGUCAUGUGGGAAGUCAUGUCCUACGGAGAGAGGCCUUACUGGGACAUGACCAAUCAAGAUGUCAUCAAUGCCAUAGAGCAGGACUACCGGCUGCCCCCACCCAUGGACUGUCCCAGUGCGCUGCACCAGCUCAUGUUGGACUGCUGGCAAAAGGACCGCAACAACAGGCCCAAGUUCAGUCAGAUCGUCAACAACCUGGACAAGAUGAUCCGCAAUCCCAACACACUAAAGGCCAUGACUCCAUUAUCUUCAGGUGUUCAUCUCCCCCUCCUGGACCGCAGUAUCCCAGACUUCUCCAGCUUCAGCACUGUGGACGAGUGGCUGGAUGCCAUCAAGAUGGGCCAGUACAAAGACAAUUUUGCCAGCGCUGACUACACUACAUUUGACGUGGUGUCCCAGAUGACCAUGGAGGACAUCCUGAGGGUGGGUGUGACGUUAGCAGGCCAUCAAAAGAAGAUCCUCAACAGCGUCCAGAUGAUGCGGGCACAGAUGAAUCAGAUUCAGUCAGUGGAGGUUUGACCCUCCCGCGUGGAGCAGAGGGGGGGAAAAAGGCGGUUGGGAUGCAGAGCUCUGGGUGCGGAGGAUGGAGUGGAUGUUUUUUCGCGUUACAGUGUGUCUGGUCUUCCCACCAGACUACCAUUCAUCCCCCGUUCCCCUCUCCACUUCCCUCUCUCCUUCUCUUAUCCCCUCACCCUGACUCUCCCUCCAUCCUUGGGAUCAGCUGUGGAGAGUUGUGGAAGCAAAAGUCCAUGUGAUGAGGCCUCAGAGCCAACCCACCUCUGGAGCUAGAAACAUGGGAGGUUAGAAGUGACCAGCAACACAUUUUUCAAUCUUCCACCAAUUUUCAUUUGAUGUUGAACAUUUAUUUUUUUGGUUUGUUUGUUCUGAUAAUUUUGUAAAGAAUUUUUUAAAGAAAAAAAAAGAAAAACUGAGAAAAGGCAAGGAGUUUAUCUAAAUUUAUAGAUGAUAUAAGGUUGUACAUUAGACGAACUGAGUAGGAAAGCUACCCUUUAAAAGGGCAAAAAAAAAAAAAAAGAAAACAACGAAGAGUUAAGGAGACCAUCCUCUACAAGGUGUGGAUAUUGUCCCUGCCAUUUUUAAUUUUGGACAUCAUGAGGAAACACAGAGUUCUCUGUGGGCUUCUGAAAGGCAAACUGCAGAGGAGACUGAGGGACCCGACGGACACUCCCAACUGUUUCCCCAGGAAAGAAAAUAAAUAAAAAAACAUGAAAUGGACAGCUUUUGGCAUAGACUGAUGUCAAAAACACAUUCAUUCAGACUGACAGUUCACACAGUGAAAUCCACCCUCAAGAAAAAGAAAAAAACAUUUUUUCUCAUUGCAAGUAAUUUUCUAUAUUGUGUGAAAUUUUGUGAUGAAGAUUCCGCCUCACCAUGCUUCCUCUCACUAUAGACAAAAUGACACAUUUGUUUUCCUUUCUUUCACAGCAAAAUACUCACAGCUUGCCAAAUAGAACUCUUCCCUUUUUGCACGCCAAUCAUAAUCUUACUGUACUGUACAUAUCAGAUGCACUUGACCUGCCACAACGCGAUGACUCAGAAACAGUUAUAAUCGAUCAGUUCACAGACUUUUCCUUAGUCUGUGAAAAAAUAGCUUGAGGAGAAAAAAAAACAGCAAACCAACUUCCUACAUAGAUUCACACAAAAAGAAACAGGUUCUACUGUUUACAUCAGAGCCCACAUACAUACAGUAUGUCCUGUUAUAGCAUCCUCCUUCACGUUGUUCAUCUCCAAUGCCGUCUGUGCAUACGUGCACAUGUUGCAUACGCUUACCACAUGCACAAAGAAGUAGUGGCUCCUGAAGCGACGUGACUCGUGUUUGAUAGCAUGCUGAGUGAGUGGUUAAUUUCACAGUGCUUUGAUUUGCUGCAAUUACUAGAACUCUGUUUGGUAAGAGCUUGGAUUUGACACACUUUACAGAGUAUAAUGUGGCUGCAUUAUAUUCAGUGUUUCUUCUUCUUCCAGUUUUCCUUUUGAAAAUACAUUUUUAUGUUUAAAGUAUUAAAGUUUUGAUACCACACCUGGUUAUUUUACACACACACAGUCAUGAAUAGACUUUACAAUCAGGAGUUUGUUGAAUUAAAAACAAAAAUGCAAUGUGUUAUAUUUUUGCAAUUUCUGUAUGGAUAUUAUUGAAUUGUUAUUAUUAUUACUUUUAGUUUUUUUUCUGCACUGAGUCUCCUGUUUGACUCCAACAAACACUCUGGAUCUUCCAUCAAUGCUUAGAAAUUUAUUUUGACACAUGAAUCAUGUUGGUGCACAAAACCAUGUAGAUCAACAGCAUUUCCCUGUAACAGGUUUUGAUUUAGAUUUAUAGACAGUAUAUGCAUUUAUUGUAUGACUUCCUGUGAACAAUACUGUCUCCGAGCUGUCAAUCAUUGUUUGUGUUGUCAUAGGUAACCUGGUGUAAGGGUUGUGUGGGGGAAAGAUGGAUUUCGUAGCAAUGCAAUGAUUCCCUGGAGACGGUGAAUCGGGCGGAGGUUUAUGUAUACAGCCAGUAAAUGAUAUCAGCAGUGCAGAGUUCUUACUGGGCUCCGCUCCGAGACCUGACAGCCAGACAUGGACGUCCAGCUGUGAGCCAUCGGUAAGAUGUGUCUGGUCACAGCGGGGCGGCCGCACCCCGAUCACAGCCGCUCUGUCCAGGCACCAAUUCCCUCUCUCUCCCCUUGAUCACAUACAUGCCUGUCAGCCACCUGUCUGCCGCUCCCACUGAUCUCCACACAGUCGGCUUUCAGCAGUUGUCUGGUUAUGUCUCGGCGAGUUUAAAAGCAUCAACAGCAGCAGGCGAACUGACACUCAUCAGUGGGCAGUUGUGUCUUGCCUUGUCCUGAUGCUGCAUGCCACUGAGUAUGUGAAAAAAAGAAAAAAAAUUCCUCCAGACCGGACGAUGCUUCCACGUUCACUUGUAUCAGAUCCUCAGACUUGACCUGAGAUUUUGUGGUGUCACUACAGAAAGCUUUAGCACCAAAGCCCUGGUUAAAGAAAGUGAGAAACCUCAGUUACUGCACCCCUGUCGUCUUACCUUUCAUUAUCCCUGGCUGUCAACAGAAUUUAAGGCCAGGAGUGGAGGGAUUUUUAUUCUCUUUCUGCUCCAUAAUCCUCUCCUUGGUUAUUUUCAUCUGCAGUGCAACACAUCAGAAUGAAUAUUUCCCUUUAUAACAUAUGAAACUGGAGGAGGAGAAUCAUGAGCUGUUAGUCAUAGCUGAGAGGCGAGCGAGAAGUGAUGCUGUGACCUAAAUGCCAUCGAUGCCAACAUACAGUUUGCUUUUUAACUAAGCUUUUGAUUGUCUUCCUUUUCCAUUUCUCAGUACCUAACAGCUCAUCAGUUUUAUUUAGUGAGGCUGAAUGUCUCGACACGGUACGGCAAAUAUUCCGUCGUCAGAAAAAACACUUAAUGUUGUUCAAGAAAUUAAUCUAAAGUAUACAUAAGGCUGGUGAGUUUCUGCUCCGGCUCCAUUAAAGCUCAUUCAGAUGCUUGUCCAUGGACACUGCCAAGACUUUGAGUUAUUGAUCAAGCAAUUAUCCUUGAACUUUGCUUCAGGGAACUACCUUAAACUGGGUGGGCAGACGAGCUAGACAUAGAAUAGUGCUGAAGUUGACUUUAUGUUGCAUACUGUCUAUGUUUUCUGGUCCUAAGAGAAUACUUUUUGCUGAACUCCUCUGAAUGGUUAGUUUGUUGUUUUCCAUUUCAUCUGAAGGAGUUUAAGAAAACCUUUUGAUUGAAUGUGGAGUGUUUGAAAGCACCGCAUGAAGUAUUUAUGUAUCUUAUGAUUUUGAUGGCACAAAAGAGAUGGAUUGUUGCAGUUCAAGCUGAGCAAUGAUAGUGGGAGAAGAAAUUGACGCACUUAUGUCAAGUGUUUCAAGUGGUUCUGACUUCCUUUUCAAGAGUAGACUGGCUGCUUUCUUUACAAACAGUGAAAAAAGCCCUGUUGUCCAAAUUCUAGAAUAUUGAAAAAUUUAUAAAAACCAAGUUACUAAUUCAUCUGGUACAGUUUUUAUGGUGGGCAUAUUUCUAUAAGAAAUUUUACUUGAUGUGGUGAUUAUUCUUUUAUCGCCUCUCUGAAAUCAGACUGAAUAUUUCAUUUAAAUGAAAUUAUUGUCCAUUACUGUAAAUGGUUUUCACAGGAACGGAUAUAUCUGAAUAUUGGAUCUCUGGGAAAUUUAAAUUCACUGUAUGUCAAUUCAAGAUUUGUAUAUACAGAAAGGUGCCCACUUCACUUUCACUUGCUUAUUCCCCCUUCAAAGCAGUUGUUUUCUACUGUUCACUUUCCAGAAACAAUAUGUAUUAUUUAACUUUUCAGAUGUAGUUUUAUUGUAAAGUUUUACAGCACCAAAAAUAUGCCAUCUAAACAUGCAGAAUCCAGCUUCUCUAGUUAAAAGAACUUUUUACAGUUUUCUUCUGGAAACUGAAGUAGAUGCAGUGUGGUUGUGAUACUCAUGAUGGUUUCACACAGCGUUUGCCUACUUUCAACUUUCAGCAAAACAUACUGUACUUUCUCCUCUUACAUCUGUGAAGUAAAAACCAUUCAGUCCUGCCCUCACCGUGUGCCAAUAUUUGAAGGACGGAGGAAAACCGUUAAGUCUCAGUGUUACUGUUACAUGAUAGUGUGCAUAAACAUGAGCUGUGCCAGGUUGUACCCACUGGGCUGUGUUGCCCAAACUACAGUAUGGCCAGAGCGAGAGGUCUGCCUCCUGUUGUGGAAGACAGAAAAUGGCUCCUGUUUAAUGGAUGCAGCACGAAGCACCAGAGCGCCCUCUACUGUUGUGGUGGUCAACUGUAGUUGGUUGGAUUGACGUUUUCAGGUGCAGAUAGUCUGUGAAUGCUGCAGCAGGUAGAGCUUCAGUGUUCGGGACACUUCAGCAGGCUGCUGAUGGACAAACGCUGGCUGCUGCUCAGAACAAGCCUGUGUCUUUCCUUCUGUUGGACAAACUUUCAUACCACUACGGCACCCUGCCACCUGUGUUCCCCUCUAUGACCCUAUGUUACCUUCUGUUGCCCCCUCCUGCCCCUGAACCCCCCACUACCACUCUGGCUGUUGGCUAAUACAGACGGGGGAUCUCCACGUGUUCCCCGGUCCUUUAAAGCCCACAUUAUAGACCAGUGCCGGUUCACACCACUGUGACUGAUGUGGGAGAUCCUGUAUUUCUGUAUAAAUGUAUAUUGACUGUAACCCUGUGAAUGAUGUAACAAUUUCAUUAUUUGUAAUAUUGUCAUUGGUUUAUUUUCUAAAAAUGGAAAGCCCAACUUGACUCUCCUCCAAUAAAAAAUAAGAUCUGUUAUAAAACA